AUGUUCUGGCGCUUUGGAGGUUACUCCAACAUUUCAACAAUCGACACCAUCUUAGACAAACCCAAUGUGAAGCUUGAAGAUUUGCUUGAAGAGUCGGAUCUAAUUCAAGAACUCAAAUCCCACCACACAAAACUGAUCGAGUUUCUUCGUGAGGAUGCCCAUCUUCACUCCCUGUUGCAAUAUGUUAUAGCUCCAGGUCCUUCGAACGACGAGUUUGAGGAGGAUGAAAAGGGCAAGGAUCCAGUCAUAGAGGACGAGCAGGAAAGCAAUGCCGACGAAGAACAAGAGAAGGUUGAGAAAAGGAGACUCAAGUAUGCCUUUGUCGCAUGCGAGAUCCUUUCCUGUGAAACAUGGUCAAUCACCGAAUCCGUCAUGGCCAACACGCCUUACCUUAUCGAAUUUUGGGAUUUCCUCCGACAACCAGCUCCGUUAGAUCCCCUCCAGGCCGGCUAUUUUACCAAAGUCAAUGAAACUUUACUGGAAAAGAAGACGGAAGACAUGCUGGAUUUCUUCAGAUCUCUCCCAGGCAUCGUUCCCGCCAUGCUGCAGCACGUGGACUGCCCAAUGGUGAUGGAUUUGUUGCUGAAAAUCAUCAGCCUGGAAAAGUCGGAUGGUGGAGCAGGCAUUGUCGACUGGUUGCACGAUCAAGACCUUAUUCCCAUGCUUCUGUCGAAUCUCUCCCCCGAUUGUAAUUCGUCCACUCAGACUUCUGCCGGUGACUUUCUGAAAGCCAUCAUUACGAUAUCCGCAAAUGCCGCCCAAGACCAACAGUCUUGCAUAGGCCCAAACAGUCUGACGCGACAACUGGUGUCGGAAAAAUGCAUUUCCCAGCUCAUCUCCUACAUGCUCAAAGGGGGAAAUCCUCUCACCGUGGGUGUAGGCAUCGUCAUUGAAGUCAUCCGAAAGAACAACUCUGACUAUGAUCCUGAUCAAGGACACAACACGGAUAUCCCUCCCACGAAUCACGACCCCAUUUAUCUUGGUACUUUGUUGAGGCUGUUUGCUCAACACGUGCCUGACUUCACCGAGCUCAUUCUCAGUUCAAAACACACCGUCACGAAAGGUGAAACCACGACUAUCGAGGAGAGAGGUGUUCUGAAAUCUGCAUGGGGCACUCACAUUGAGCCUCUGGGUUUUGACCGAUUCAAGACGUGCGAGUUGAUGGCAGAGCUUCUGCAUUGCAGUAACAUGGGUCUGUUGAACGAGCCUGGAAGCGAGGAGCUGAUCAAAGAGCGAGAUGCGGAGCGAGAGCGAUUAAGACAACAAGGAGUCUUCUUAACCCACCGACAGCCCGAAGAUUCCGCUGUCGACAUUUCGGUAACUUCCUCGCGCUUCGAGAACUCCUUCGCCCCCUCUGCAUCAGCUUCAACCGAAGAACUUCAAAUCGCUACUCUUGGCGAAGAAGAUGGCUUUGAAAAGGUUGCGGUUGCAGACGCGACUGAGGCUCAAAAGGACGACCUCAAGAGCUUUGAACACGUAACUACAGAAGAGCCAACGACUUCCCAUGACAAUCUGGAUGAAACGGUGCGACGAAUGAGUCUAGACAACCCCGAAGACACCGUGAUGACCUCUCCCCCAAAUGAGCCCGAAACGAACGUUCUUGACCAGGAGCCCGCGCACUCCGACGACAAGCCGGCGCCUCUGUUUUCCUCUGAUCCAAACAAAACACCGACGGCCAACAGUCCUGAGCCUCCGACAAGCCCCAAUGGCACGAAACAAGCGGGUCAAGACAAUCAGCUGGAGGGUGACUCAUUUCAGACCGCUCAAGAUGACACAACGCAUAAUUGCCCGACAGAGCACGACGCCGAGUCUCCCGUUGUGGGAGACUACCUCAAGAUAAUGUUCAUUGAGAACAAGGUGGUGCCUACGAUAUUGUCUUUCUUUUUCCGUUUUCCGUGGAACAACUUUCUUCACAAUGUUGUCUACGAUGUUGUUCAGCAGGUGUUCAAUGGUCCCAUGGACCGAGGUCACAACCGCCUAGUCGCAUUUGAUCUCUUCGAAACUGGUCGCAUCACAGAUGCCAUCAUUGAAGGCCAGCGACGAAGCGAUGAAGAGCAACAAAAUAAGAACAUGCGGCUCGGUUAUAUGGGUCAUCUCACAUUAGUGGCUGAAGAAGUCGUCAAGUUCGGCGAACGACAUCCUCGAGAACUUCUGUCCCCAACUGUUCAGGACUAUAUUUAUUCCCAGGCUUGGGAAGAAUACGUUACUAAGACGUUGGCCGAGACCAGAGAGCGUGACAAUGCCAUUCUUGGCGGCUUCCGACCUGACAACGGGCUCGGGCCUAGACAAGCUGUACUGAGCGCUGUCAAUGCAGGUCAGGGCUUUGGUGCAUCGAGUGGCUUAGCUGCUGCCGGACUUGGUGGCCAACCCUUGGACAGUAUUGACCUUUCGAAUAAUGGAAGCGCUACUAGUGCAGGCUACAAUUCCAAUGGCUCGCUCUCUAGUGGAUUUGGGAGCUCCUCGGAUGAUGAUGAUGAGGAUAUGGAUGAUGCAGAGGAGGAUGAGCAUCGCCAGCUGGCAGCUGCUGAUUCGGGUCUGACGGAAAAUUCUGACCAGCCCAUUCCCUUAUUACCACCUCCGCCGGCGCCCCUAAACAUCGAACCAUCACGUGCCCGCCGACGGUUAGCUGAUCGGUUAGCGAGACACAAGCAAGAGGCUGAACAGGAAGUGGCCGCGUCCGAAUUCGGUUCUGAAGCAGACGAUCCAUUCGCUGCCUUGGGCAACGAUGAGAGAGACCCCUUCUCACUGGACGAAGAGGAGCAGGACAUUACCACAUUCGGAAAGCGAAAGGCUGAGGGAGCCAGCCCCGAUUUCUCGGUUAGCCGUGGACUGACGAGCUUGUUUGCACCCAGUAGAAACGCGUCACAUGACGACUUCGAGGAAUCAUUGGAUGAUUCAUCAUCUGAUACCGGCUCCGACAUUGAUCCAGAGAAUCCACCUCUAGAGGCACGAACGAGUCUCGAACGGCGACCUCUGGAAGUUUUCGAAGACGAAGAAAUGGGAGAGAUGGUGGCGCCCACUGAGGGUGGUAAUAGCUCUGACGAGGAGGUGCUGAGCCCACUGGAGAAGGAGAAGCUGGGCCGUGCCUUUGGCAUGAAUGACCCUGACGAGCAGGACUCUGAGUUCGCAGGUCAGGACGAUCAAGAUGACGACGACGAUGGUGAUCAACUUGUUGAAAUAGCCAUGCCGACCACCUCGAGGAGAAAGUCUAGGGGUUGA